AUGGCUCUUAUUUUACUCAUUUUUCUCUCCACUUCAUACUCACAAUCGUUUAACAACAAAACUUAUAACAUAUGCGAGAAUACCGGUGGUGGAUUCUAUGAUGUUCCCAGUGGUGUGAAUACGAUCACAGACUCCUGCGACUUAAUACGACUUUCUAUUGGUGAGGAGAGCAAAUUGGUGUUAAGUCAAGGCGUUAGUGUCAAUGUCAUAGAAAGCGUCGUCGUUUCUAAAACGGGUGAGUUGACUUUAAAAGACAACUCGUCUCUUACAACGGAAAACAAUACAACAGUCGAUUUCUAUGACAAUUCCUCAGCAACAAUGAAUGAAGAGUCACUGAUCAAUGCAACGACUCUUAAUUUCAAAGGAAGAGCUUCAUUAAUAUUAACAGAGAACUCCUCCAUCAUAUUACAAGACGCGUUCAACGCGUUUGUUCUAUCAAAUAUAGUAAUGACGGGGAAGUCUUUCAUUGACACAAAUUCGUUUUUGGUGUACGACAAAGUCAGUUUGACAUUGAGAAACGAGAGUUACAUCAAAACUGUUAUUAAUCCAAAAUUCCGAGGAGGAGUCGUGUGGUUUAGAGAUUCAAGUAAAAUAGAGUAUACUCUAUCAACACGAGACUUGAAUAUUUAUGGCGAUUCAUUAUUCUGUAUGACAGAUGACGCUUCUAUUGAAGCCGCAGGUUCAGUCACUGUGGCGGAAAGUUGCGAAGUACGGUUGAUGGGACGAGUGAAGGUCAAUAUUGCCUCUUCAUUUAAUAUCAAUGUCAACGCAAAUGCGUUCUUGAAUGAAAGUGUCGCAGUCACAACAAAAUCGUUUAAUUUGAACAACUUUGCUGUUGUUGAAAUUGCGGGUUCUGUGACAAUUAAAGUAAUUAACAAUUUUAAAGUGGCUGGACAAGCUUUUUACACCUUGAAAGAUCAUGCUUUGAUGACAAUGAAGAACAUCAAUCUCAACGGCGGUGCAAUGAAUAUGUACGACGACACAACAAUGACAGCAACUACUGUGUUAUCUAUGACGAAUUAUAUGUCCCUCAAUUUGUUUAAUACCAGCGUAAUUACAUGUGGUGGUGUAUCGUUCUUACAAAAUCAAAGAACCGCUUUAUUUGCACAAACGAAAUUGAGUUCGACAAGUUCGGCGCAAAACAUAGUCAGUGGGGGAGUUGUGACACUUUACAAUGAGAGCAUUUUUGAGACGAAAAAGACGUUACAAAUGAAUGGAAAUGGCUCUAUUGAGCUUUAUGACGAAUCGCGUUUGAAUGUGAACACCAACAUAAAGAUGAUCGAUCAAUCACAACUGUCGAGUUAUGGAGAGUCAACUGUAAUUACAAUAAACAUCACGAUGAGUGGAGACGCUCUUUUGAAAGUUUGUGGGAAGUCGAAAACGGAACCAAGUGGGUUAGUCACUCUUGGAGAGAAUUCGAUGAUUGUUAUUGAAGAUAAUGGUUUAUUUGCGAUAAAGGAUAUUGUAAUGGAAAACGGAACCACUUUGGUACUUAAAAGUGAGAAUAAUAUGAACUGUGCAACUUUUGAAACGUUCAAUGCCGUUGGAGGUAACGUGGAAAUAAAUGGCAAUUCGUUCAUCAAGGGCAAAACAUUAAAAUCGUCGUUUAAUAUCAUUGAUUUAAAGAAACGAGUGAUUGGAGCAUUCCCCCUCUUCAUUGUCGACACCAUUGAACAUAUCGAAAUUGGGGAAGUCAAAGGAGAUACACUGGAUUUGGUAUCGUCGCCGAAUCCAAUUACUAUUGAUCCCCUCCCAAAUGGAACAUUUUUACUUCAAGAAAGAAGACUACUUCGAUACGGCAAUGCUUCAGAUCCAACUAACGUUGUGUACUGCCAUAUGAAAGUGAAUGAAGUGGCGGAUGCUUCAUAUAUAGAACCACACUGUCCAUGCACUGGAAUACAUUGUGUGGCUGUGCCUGAUCAAACACUUGGCUCUGUCAUAAUUAACAUUGAUGAAAUAGUCAUUGGAAUGCAACGGGUCGGCGCUGGAAUUACAUUUGGUGAAAUGGUGAGAAACAGCACUAUCUUAUUCAAAGACGCUCUAAUGAUUUUACAUGGUAAAAAUAGUUUACCGACAAAACUGGCAACUUCAAUUGAAUUUUCUAUUGACGAGGAAACGUAUCGAGUUGAUGGGAGUGGCGUGGAGUUCAUCGAAUAUAUUGUGAACAACGAGGUGAACCCAAAGACAGUGAGUGUGAUAUCUUCAACUAUUCCGCUUGUUUUCAUGUCUAAAAAUGGAUAUAUAGUCGGUAAUAAAGUGUAUGAAUAUCUUUACUACAAUCCAACGAACAACACGUUAAAUACAAUACAUGAGACAGACCCUAUUUGUGAGGACGGGUUUAUCAAAAUCGAUAAGAAGUGCGUUUCUGAUGAGAACUGUAAACAAGCAAACGGUGAGUGGUGUGUUAAAUGUUACGAUGGAUAUGUUGGUGGCAAGAACAAGAAGUGUUACAUCCCCGAUGAUCACUGCCAAAUUGUGGCGAUGAACCUUUGCUCUCUGUGUUCGCCAAAUUCUUCAUAUGUGAACGUUGGUGGCACUUGCACUGAAAUUUCUGAUUAUUCUCUUAAAGACGAUGUCCACAUCAUCAGUUGCCAACCGAAGUUUUAUUUGGACGAAGGGACGUGUAAAAGUUGUUUAACGAAAUAUCUCAACUGUGACUUGUGUGACUCGGUCAAGUGUUUCCGAUGUUCCAGUACUUACGAGUUGUCUUCUGAUAACACGUGUGUGAAAUCUCAAUGUGGAACUGUUGGGUAUGAAAUGGAUGAGAAUGGGAAAUGUUACAAACUGUCUGGGAAGUGUGGAACUUCUGUGAAUGGUGUUUGCAUGAAAUGUGAAACGGGAGAGAUCUUGGACAAUACCAGAGAGUGUGUCACAAGUAAAGACACGUUGUGUGAGCAAAGUUCUUCGAACGGUUGUCACAAGUGCAUUUCUGGGUAUUUCUCCAAUUCGAUAUUGCAGUGCGACAAGUGUGACGAGACGUGCGCGUCUUGUUACAACAAAACGACUCAAUGCACGUCAUGUCCCGAAAACCGAUUUCUGAACACGAAGAACCACACGUGUGAUACGAACGAUACUUUUUAUUAUUCGUGUGACAAAAUUUCAGUUGACGGGCAAUUUUGUGUGCGGUGUAAGAGUGGGUUUUACAAAACAGGAACAACGUGUCUUCAAUGUAAAGAGUCUUGUGGAACGUGCUUAGAUGGCAAUUCUUGUUUAACGUGUGGUCCACUCUACUUCAUGACAAUAGUAGGCGAAUGUCUCUUGAAAAGUUCGGUAGAAGGGUGUCAAAAAGAAGUGACGUCGGAUGGAUGUUCCGCAUGUGUCGAUGGAUAUUACAUAUACCAAGGGAAUCAAUGUAAGAAAUGCAACACGACGUGUUCGACAUGUGAAGAUGAUGAAAUGUGCACUUCAUGUAAAGACGGUUACAUCAUUGAGAAUAAUGAGUGUGUGAAUUAUCAAAUUGUAGAUAAGUGUGUGGAAGCACGUGACUCGAAAUGCACGAAAUGCACAUUUUGGCAUCGACCCGUUUCAUAUGGUCAAUACUGUGAGGCCCAUGUGGUGUGGUGGGUUGUCUUGUUGAUCAUUCUCUUCUUCAUAUUACUUGUUUUUUCGAUAAUUACACUCAUAAUAUACAUUCUUCGAGUAUUGACUGACCGGAAAAGACGGAAAAUUCAAGAGAAGAAUACGUCGAUAUUCCGUAUUGAUAAGUCGAAUGUGGAGUUCAAAAACAUUGGUGGUGGAUUUAUUAUCGAUCAUACUAUUUUAGACUACAACGAUGAGAAUGAAGAGAUCCCAGUCGGCGUCGAAACUAAAAUGUUGGUUUGUGUUGGGAAUGUCACUGAACCCCUUGUCAAAAUGCAAUUUACCACAAAGAAUGUUCCAGAGAAAUAUUCGAUCCGUGUUGUUCCCGAUUUGGUAGUUUUGAAGAAGGGAGAGGGUUGUGAGUUUAACAUCUGUAUCACGCCAUUAUGUAUGUGUUAUGUUGAUGAUAUCAUGUUACUUCAUGUUGAAAACAUUCACAGCGGGAAAGGGAGGAGUGUAGAAAUCGGGUUAGAAGCAUCGACUGGUAUAUCUUCCCGACUGAACCCGGAAGAAUUACUACGGAACACGAAAAUAGGGGAAGGUUCCUUUGGUGUCGUGUACUCGGGUGAGUUCCGAGGGAAUAAAGUAGCGAUCAAAGUGAUGAAAGAAGGGAAUAACACGGAAGAGGCGAUGAAUGAAUUUGAGCAUGAAGUUGAGAUGCUAGACAAAUUCCGAAGUGACUAUAUCAUUCAUUUCUAUGGAGCUGUCUUCAUCCCAACGAAGACGUGUUUAGUCACUGAGUUUGCGGAACAUGGGAGUUUAUAUAGUCUUAUUAAAACAAAGAAGGUGCAUAAGAUUGAACUUCGCGUUCGCUUUUUAAUAGAUGCUGGUCGAGGGAUCGAAUACUUACAUAACAAUGGGAUCCUUCAUAGAGAUAUCAAGCCAGAUAACAUUUUAAUCUUUUCCUAUGAUCUCAAAGAGAAUGUUUUAGCGAAACUGACUGACUUUGGAUCAUCAAGAAAUAUUAAUAUGUUAAUGACUAAUAUGACAUUCACUAAAGGAAUAGGUACUCCCGUGUAUAUGGCGCCCGAGAUAUUGAAUCAAGAACAUUAUAAGAAAGAAGCUGAUGUCUAUUCCUUUGGUGUAACAAUGUUCGAGUGUUUAUCGUGGCGAACAGCAUUCCCGAAGAGUGAGUAUCCUUUCUCCUGGAAAAUCGCAGAGACUAUCAUCAGUGGGAAACGACCCGAACGGACUCCAAACGUCCCCCAAAAGUAUUACGAUAUCAUCACUCACACUUGGGCACAAACCCCAUCUGAACGGUUCACAAUUCAAGAAGUGAUCAAACAGUUAGUCACAGCAUAA